GUGUCUAUCUGUGUGUGUACUGUCAGCCUGCAGGGCAGCAGCAGGAGCAGCAGCAGUGGCUGUACCAACUCUAGCUGUCCCAGACAGAGUCUGCUGCAGGACUCGUCUAUUUUCUCUCUCUUUUUCAUUCUCUUGCUCCUCCUCUUUCCAUCCACUACUGUCUGCAGAGGGACUCAGGCUGGAGAUUCAUCUUACAGGGUUGCUACUUUGUGUCCUGACGCCUUGGAGGCUUGUCUUUCCGCUGGGUUUGGCUAGAAGGUCGGUGGACAAGCCUGGAGCUACUGUCUCCUCAUGCUGCGUGUGUUUAUCCUCUGUGCCCAGAAUGUGCUGACGCAUGAUGAAGACAUCUCAGAUGCCUACUGCUGCGUCGCAUAUGAAGGGUCGAAGAAGAAGACCAAAGUCAUCAAAAACAAUGUCAACCCUGUCUGGAACGAGGGCUUUGAAUGGGACCUGAAAGGAAUACCCUUAGACUCAACAGCAGAAAUCCAUGUGGUCGUUAAGGACCAUGAAAAAAUGGGAAGAAACAGAUUUCUGGGAGAAUGUCGUGUUUCUUUAAGAGAUGUGCUGAACUCCCCCAACUUCGCAGCCACCUUCACUGUGUCAUUAGUUGACACCAAGAAGAACAACACAGGGGCCACAGUGACUCUGCAGGUUUCCUACAUCCCUCCUCCAGGCAUGGCACCAAUCUUUCAGCCUCCUCCACAGCCUGAGCCCCAGCACAGCAGCACUCCUAUAGAACUGGACACUGUCACAGUCUUCUCUUUGGACACUAUGGGCGAGGAGGACACAGAGAGCAUGAUGACGAUUGAGGUUGCAGAGGAACCUGAGCCUGUUCCUGGACCCCAGGGUCCAGAGACUGGAAUCCCUACAGCUCCACCUAAAAAAGCCCCUCCAGCCUUUAACCAGGGCCUGAAGAAGAAGCAGCAGCAGCAGCAGCAACACAACAAAGCCCCGCUCCCCAACAAACCCCAGGACCUUCAGGUACGGGUGCGAAUCAUCGAGGGAAGGCAGCUUCCUGGCGUCAACAUAAAACCUGUGGUCAAGGUGACUGUAGGGGGGCAGACAAAGAGGACACGCAUCAAGAAAGGCAAUAAUCCAUUCUUUGAUGAGACUUUCUUCUUAAACUUCUUUGAGACGCCUGCAGAUCUCUUUGAUGAGCCAAUAUUUAUAACAGUAUUUGAUUCAAAGUCACUACGCACAGACUCUGUCAUUGGGGAAUUCAAGAUGGAUGUUGGCAUGGUGUAUAAUGAACACAGACACGCUAUUCUCAGGAAAUGGCUGUUGCUGGCGGAUCCCGAUGACCUCUCUGCUGGGGCUCGAGGUUACCUGAAGGCCAGCAUGUUUGUUCUGGCUGCUGGUGAUGAACCACCGACGGAUAAGAAAGAGGGUGUUCAGGAGAAGGAGGACAUUGAGGCCAAUCUACUAAGGCCAGCCGGACUUACUCUUAGAGGAGCCAAUUUCACUCUCAAAGUCUACAGAGCAGAGGACCUACCUCAGAUGGAUGAUGCUUUUAUGGAUGGCAUGAAGCAGUUUCUGGGAUUUGACUCCAAUAGAAAGAACCUGGUGGAUCCAUUAGUGGAAAUCAACUUUGCUGGCAAAACGAUGUGUAGUAAAAUACUGGAGAAAAAUGCAAAUCCACAGUGGAACCAAAGUCUGACACUUCCUAUCAGGUUUCCAUCUAUGUGUGAGAAGAUGAGGAUACGCAUUUUAGAUUGGGAUCGAGCCAGCCACAAUGAUGUCAUUGGCACCACGCACCUGUGCAUGUCGAAGAUCUGUGCUCCAGGAGGAGAAAUAGAAGUUGAUGACAGCCUGGGCUUCCUGCCAACAUUUGGCCCUUGUUUUGUUAACUUGUAUGGAAGUCUUAGAGAGUUCACUGCCUUCUCGGACCCCCACGAGGCCCUCAAUCUCGGCAAGGGAGAGGGCGUAGCAUAUCGAGGACGUGUGCUGUUGGAGCUGAACACUAAGCUGUGUGAACGGGUGGAGCAGAGGGUUGAAGAUAUUCAGCCUGAUGACUUGUUGGUGGUAGAGAAAUUUAUGCGGAAGAGGAAAUACUCUUUGUUUGCUGCUUUCUACUCUGCCACUCAUCUUCAGGACGUGGAUGAUGCCAUUCAGUUUGAGGUCAGCAUCGGUAACUACGGCAACAAGUUUGACUGCACCUGCCUCCCUCUGGCCUCCACCACUCAGUACAGCAGAGCUGUGUUUGACGGUUGUCACUACUAUUACCUGCCCUGGAAAAAUGUGAAGCCUGUAGUGGUUCUGUCGUCAGAGUGGGAGGAUAUAAGUCCACGUAUAGAAGCCCUCAACAUGCUGCUCAGCAUCGUGGACCACCUGGAGUCUAACCUGAAGCUGGUGCAGCUGGAGCUCCAAUCAGGGGGUGACCAAGACGACCUGGAGCAGACAGUGGUAAAGCUGCUUGAUGAUGUCAUUGCUGACUGCAGUGAGGAGCUGCCAGAGUUUGAUAACUGGCCAUGUGUGACUCCUCUGGAUAAGUCUCUGAGGCGUCUGCGGAAGGUGAAUCUGAAGCAGAUUGAGCAGGCAGCUCUGACUCUGAAGCACGGGCCCGAGACGGAGCUGAGCUCAGUGCUGGAGCAGGCGGAGGACUGGGCCCAGAGACUGCGCUCACUCGCAGAAGAGCCCCAGAACAGUCUGCCAGACAUUGUGAUCUGGAUGCUUCAGGGAGACAGAAGAGUGGCCUACCACAGAAUACCAGCUCAUGAAGUGCUCUUCUCUCAGGGCUACUGUGGCAAACACUGUGGUCAGCUCCAGACCGUCUUCAUGAAGUAUCCUCAGGGAGGCGGCGGCUGCACUAAGAUCCCAGCACAGCUUCGGGUGAAGGUGUGGUUUGGCCUCGCUGCUGAUGUCAAGCACUUUAAUCAGUUCUCAGAGGGAAACCUGUCUGUGUUUGCUGAGACGUAUGAGAACCAGACCAAGCUGGCUCUGGUGGGGAACUGGGGCACGACAGGCCUGACCUACCCAAAGUUCAGUGAUGUGACUGGUAGAAUAAGCCUGCCGAAGGAGAGUUUCAAACCUUCUCCAGGCUGGAGCUGGGCUGGAGACUGGUGCAUCCAACCAGAGAAAACUUUGCUGUAUGAUGCAGAUGCAGGUCAUAUGAGUUUUGUGGAGGAAGUGUUUGAAAAUCAGAUGAGGCUUCCGGGAGGACAAUGGAUCGGAAUGCCAGAAGGCUAUACGGAUGUGAAUGGAGAGAAAGCAACAGCCAAAGAUGAAAUCGAGUGUCCUCCAGGCUGGGUGUGGGAAGAUCCAGAAUGGAGUGAAGAUCUGAAACGGGCAGUAGACGAUCAGGGGUGGGAGUACGGCAUUACCAUUCCUCCUGACCGUCGGCCCAAGUCCUGGGUGCCAGCUGAGAAAAUGUACCACACCAAUCGCAGACGCCGCUGGAUCCGCCUGCGCCGCAGAGACCAGCAGAAAAUGGAAGCUCUCAGAAAGCAGCAGCAUCCAGAUGAUUCGGAGCGUGAACACUGGGAGUAUGCCUCUCUGUUUGGCUGGAAGUUCCACCUUAAGCAGAGGAAAACGGACUCGUUCCGCCGCUGCCGCUGGCGCCGCCGCAUGGAGCCUCUGGAGAAGACCGGACCGGCGGCCAUCUUUGCCCUGGAGUGCUCGCUGAGCAGUGUGACUGAGGACAAAAACGACGAGAAGUCCGUUACAACAACCUUCGGUGUGAACCGCCCCACCAUCUCCUGCUACUUUGCGAGUGGUACCCUGUAUCAUUUACGCUGCUACCUGUAUCAAGCUAGAGAUCUUAUGGCCAUGGAUAAAGAUAGUUUCUCAGAUCCCUUCGCCAUCGUGUCUUUCCUGCACCAAAGCCAGAAGACAGUGACCGUAAGGAACAACCUCAACCCUACCUGGGAUCAGACUCUAAUCUUCUAUGAGCUGGAGAUAUUCGGAGACGCUGAAGUGACUGAGAAGAGUCCCCCAAACAUUGUGGUGGAGCUUUAUGAUCAGGACACCUAUGGGACGGAUGAGUUUAUGGGACGCAGUGUUUGUCAGCCCUCCCUGGUUUCCUCUCCUCGCUUGGCCUGGUAUCCCAUCCUGAAAAAUGGAAAAGAAGCAGGAGAACUGCUGGCUGCUUUUCAGCUGAUCUGCAGAGAUAAGCCCUCAAUCCAUCGCAUCCCUGGUCAAGAGGGAGAUUGCCACAUCAUGGAUGAGCUUGUGUUUCCAGGCCUGCCUUGUGCCUUCUCUGAGCAAAGGCAAGACGACACUGACUUGCCCUGCCCUCCUCCUCUGAGAGAGCCGAACAUCUUCAUGGUGCCACUGAACAUCAAACCCGUCCUACAGCGCACUGCUAUUGAGAUCUUGGCGUGGGGAUUGCGCAACCUCAAGAGCUUCCAGCUGGCCAGUGUGACCUCCCCCAGCCUGCAGGUGGAGUGUGGCGGCCGCAUGGUCCAAUCCUGUGUGAUCCGCAACACCAAGAAGAACCCCAACUUCGACAUCAACACGCUCUUCAUUGAUGUGCGGUUGCCCAGGGAGGAGCUGUAUAUGCCGCCUUUGGUGAUCAAGGUGAUUGACAACAGGCAGUUUGGCAGGAAGCCAGUGGUGGGCCAGUGUACCAUCCGCUCACUGGAGGAGUUCCGCUGCCAGCCAGAGAGCCAGGAGGCAGAGCCCCCAAAUGAGGAGUUCGAUGAGGUACCUCAAACCCCAAGAGAUGACGUUCUCAUAGACAUAGAUGACAAGGAGCCUCUCAUUUCUGGACAGGACGAUGAGUUCAUGGACUGGUGGAGCAAGUUCUAUGCCUCGACGGGUGAGACGAAAAAAUGUGGAAGCUACCUAGAAAAAGGCCUGGACACCCUACAGGUAUAUGAGCGAGAGCUGGAAAAAGUCGAGGGUUUUGAGCAGUUGGCUGAUUUCUGUCACACAUUCAAGCUUUAUCGUGGAAGAACUCAGGAAGAGGGUGAAGACCCUUCAGUUGUUGGAGAGUUUAAGGGCAUGUUUAAAAUCUACCCACUACCCAAUGACCCAUCUGCACCAUGCCCUCCUCGCCAGUUCAGUCAGCUGCCACCCAAUGGCAUAGAGGUGUGCCUGGUACGAGUCUAUAUUAUCCAGGCCUUCAACCUGCAGCCCAAAGAUGCCAAUGGAAAGUGUGACCCCUAUGUCAAGAUUACACUGGGGAAGAAGUCAGUAAAUGACCAUGACAACUACAUACCCUGCACACUGGAGCCUGUUUUCGGAAAAAUGUUUGAGCUGACGUGUUCCCUGCCUCUGGAGAAGGACCUGAAGAUCAUGCUGUAUGAUUACGACAUGCUGUCUAAAGAUGAGAAGAUCGGGGAGACGGUCAUCGACCUGGAGAACCGCUUUCUGUCUCGUUAUGGUGCUCGCUCUGGCCUGCCCCAGUCUUACUGCGUGUCUGGAGUGAACCAGUGGAGAGACCAGCUAAAACCCACCCAGCUGCUCCAGCGCCUGUGUCAGAGGAGAAACUACAAGCUGCCCAUCUACAAGCAGGACAGAGUGUACUUCAGGGGCCAUGAGUACACUGCAGCAGACUUGGAUGAGGCAAAGCAGCCCAGUCCUCACCUUGGACCACUGGAGGAACGGCUGGCUCUGCUGGUGCUGAGGAGGCAAGGCUUGGUGCCUGAACAUGUGGAAACCAGACCUCUAUACAGCCCCCUGCAGCCUGAGAUAGAACAGGGCCGGUUACAGAUGUGGGUGGACAUAUUCCCUAAGUCUUUAGGACCACCAGGCCCACCUUUCAAUAUUACACCACGCAAAGCAAAGAAGUUCUUUCUACGCUGCAUCAUAUGGAACACCAGCGAUGUCAUUCUGGAUGAUGUCAGUGUCACCGGGGAGAGGAUGAGUGACAUUUAUGUAAAAGGCUGGAUGCACGGCCAUGAGGGAAACAAGCAGAAGACAGACGUGCACUAUCGCUCGCUUGGCGGCGAAGGCAACUUCAACUGGAGGUUCCUGUUCCCCUUCCAUUACUUACCUGCUGAGCAGCUGUGUACCAUUGAUAAAAAGGAGCACUUCUGGAGUUUGGACAAGGCAGAAUCGAAGAUUCCUCCUAAGAUUACCAUUCAGAUUUGGGACAAUGACAAGUUCUCGUUUGAUGACUACCUUGGUUGUUUGGAAAUGGAUCUGAACCACAUGUUGAGGCCGGCGAAGUCUCCGGAGAAAUGCGGUCUGGAGCUGCUCUCUCGGACUCAAGACAAGCUGGUGUCUCUGUUCGAGCAGAAGACAGUCAAGGGCUGGUGGCCCUGUGUGUGUGACAAAGAAGGAGAGAAGAUCCUCGCUGGAAAGGUAGAAAUGUCUCUAGAGAUCGUCUCAGAGCAGGAACAGGAUGAGAGGCCUGCAGGAUUGGGGCGAGACGAACCCAACAUGAACCCUCACCUUGAGGAUCCACAACGCCCUGAAACCUCCUUCCUGUGGUUCUCCUCUCCAUAUAAAACACUGAAGUUCAUUGUGUGGAGGAGAUUUAAGUGGCUCAUCCUGGGCCUCAUCUUACUCUUCUUCAUCCUGCUCUUCCUGGGAGUCUUCCUCUACGCCUUCCCCAACUAUGCUGCUAUGAAGAUGGUGGGUCCCUUCAGUGGAAUGAAGAAGGGGAAUGAGUGAGCGAAAGGAUCAGAGAGGACUGAUAGGACGAUGUUGGCCUAGCCUAGCACCUUCCAGCACUAUACAAAAUACAUGACAGCAUAUAAUAGGGGUGUAAAAAGUUCCAUAAUUAAUUCAAUUCUAAAAUAUCAAUUAAAACUCAAGCACUCUAGUUAAUACUUUGGAAUAAGAGCUUCAUGCUCUUUUUCCUUCAUCACACUACAUUAGGAUAGUUUAGCAAAACACAAUAUAAACGUUUAAUACAGACAAUGGGCUGCAUUACAGCAAAAAAAAAAAACUUAUAGAAAACACAGCCAGAUUUACAAUGCUGGAAAGUUAAGAGGGUAAAUGAGGAUUACCACGUUGCAUGAUGAUCUGCUAAUUACCUGUUUUAUAAGUCAUCAGUUGGUACACACAAUUGUUCAUCUUUUUGGAUUGAGCAUCAAGGCAAACAUCUCAUUGAAGUUAAGAUGAACUUGCUGUUCUAGUCAAAAAGGAAUUGCAGGAAACAUUAGUGCAGAAUUUGAGUGUUUUUACAAUGUCUUUAAAAGGGAAAGAGAGUCAAUCAUGUAACUAAAAGCAGAUACAGACUGAGGAGUGAUAUAAUUCUGCUGCUCCAACACAGUAUAGAAAGUCUUUGUCUUUAGACUCUGCUGUGUUCACAUUGCCUUUACUCGCAUGACUUAAAUCUGAUUUUUUUCCCCCUAAUAUGGCACAAACCUGAUUUUUCAGGGCUGUGUGGACAUGUCACAUAUAAUCUUUUUUAAGUCAGGUUUGAGUCACUUUCAUGUUCAGUGUGAAACAUCAGAUCAGAUGCCUUUUUGCCUGUACACACUUGCUUAGUGCUGUUGGUGACAGAAGCCUGAGUCCUUAUUGGAAAGUGUGGUCACUAUGCAGUUAUUUAUUCCCAGUCAAACAAAAUAGGGCUUCAAUUUCUAUUCAUUGAGGGAGAUGAAACAAGUACCUGAAACUGAAGUUCAAUUUCCCAUUAAAGCAGUCUCAUGAAUAGUUUGCAGCAUUUACCUUAACACUGCUUUUUAUCUAACUACUGCGACUGCGCAGAUCUCCACAUCAAGGGGGGCUUUUACAUGGAGAUAGAUAGUAAAAUUACUUAACAUGCCUUUUGCAAGUCCCCUGUGAACAAUGCUGAAAAACACUGCCCGCCCACACUAAAAACUGAUUGGCUGACUUGCAGACUCUAUGCAGAGAACAGGCCAAUCAGGACCCUCACUGUUUUGCAUGCGCUUCAUGAAUAUUCUCUCCUUUUCCCUCUCUUUCACACACGCGAUUGAAAUUUUAUCUGACUUGCGGGUAUCAGGGAACCAUUACUGAUGUGCGGUAGACUCCCGCGACUUCCAGGAGACUUGGGAAGACUGUGAUUGGCUCAUUUUGUUUGUUAGGUUGGGACUUUAUUUGGAAGCAGAUGCCAUCAUGUUCAGUGUUACAAGAACUCAUGAGAACUUACGUUUCUUUUAAAUUUCUUAUCUUUAUUUGUUACGUCUCUGAAAAGGCGACAUGCAUAAAUGUAAUAACAUACUCAUGUAUGCUGUUUCAUGGAAAAACAAAUAGAGAUCACUACAUUUAUGAAUGUGCACUGUCAAGUUAGCCAAAUCAGAUCUCAGCAAAAAAAAAAAAAAAGAACUGAAUAAUGAGGCUUGUAAAGAAAAUAUUGCCUCUAUAGUUAUAUUUGACGCCAUGUUGAUAAUGUAUGUUUAUUUGUUAGCAGUAUUAUAUUACAUUUUUCUGUUGUUUAUGUGUCGCUCUAUUUUACAGCACAGAACAAGACUUUACUUUUAGCUUAUUUUAUUAGUUUUAUUAAAGAAAUUCUGAAUUUCAGUUCCUACACCUAAACGACACAAGGCUUUAGCUGUUAAUAUGUUAAUAUGUAGGAUCUCAUUAAAAUGUGGGUUACUGAGGUUACAUAAAUACACAAAAAAAAUAAACCUCAGCUGAAAAUAACAGUUAGUUUACGGCAUGCUGAUUACCAAUUACCACUGUUUUGAUCUUAGGAAUAAGCUUUUAAAAAAAAAAUUGAUAUAUUUUGCUGCAGCAUAUCUGCGUUUUAUAAAUCCUUUACACUCUCCAGUGUUACUGUAUCAAAAAUGACUGUGUGUGUUUCGACUCUAGUCUACACUGCGGCUUAUCAAGGGAAUCCAAAGCUGAACCUUUUUUAUUUCCGUAUUUUUCGCACUAAGGUGCACCGUCUAUUGUCUGGUCUAUUUCCAUACAUAAGGCGCACUGUAUGAUUUUAAGGUUCAUUUUAAGAGACACUGUAAGGAACUUCUAAUUCAGCAGGUCUCGUUACUGGGUGGUGGCGGGGAGGGGGGUAGCUAACUAAGUUAAGUAAAACUAAGCUAAGUAAACAAAUCUGUAAUAAAGAAAGAAUUAUUUUAAAGUCAAACAAGCGCUUGAUGUAAAUCUACAGAGAUUUCUCUCCUGAAAACUGUUUAUUUGAGUGCUUCUGCUUAUUUACAAAAAGCUUAGAUUCCCGAAUUUCUUCAGCACUAAAGCUAAACCAUUAGCAGUUAGCCGCUAAUGCCACCCAACAGCGCUACACUAAAGAACCCCCCUAAGCCAGGGUGAUAUUAGCUAGCAGUUCAUCCCUCGUAGCUUGUUUUAGCUGGGGUUAGCAGCAGGCUACAGGCUGAUAAUACUCACCUGUGAAAGGCUAAAGAGCUAGCUAGCACUUAGUGUGGUUAGCGAGUAAUGCUAAUGCUGCUCCAGCAGUGCUAGACGGUAUUUAACAUUGCAGAAUGAACCCCCAAUCCCAGUACUAUACACUAUACACAAUGUGCUCUAAUGGGCCACUGUGUGCUUAUUAAGCCAUACUGCCUGAUCUAUAUAUUGUUUGUAAAUGCAGAAGUGCUCUUUCAUUCAGCUAUGAAUGCAUUAGCAUUAGCAUUGCCACCAGACAGUGCUACACUGAGGAACUCUGAGUGCUCUGGUAAGCCAGGAUGAUAUUAGCUAGCAGGUCGUCCCACGUAGCUUGUUUUAAAAUAGUAAAAGCUCAGUACAGUCCAAUAUUUUUGCCUCUGAGCGAUGAAAGAACUAGUGCGGCUAGCUGGUAAUGUAGCAGGCUACAGGCCAAUAAUACUCACCUCUAAACGGCUAAAGAGUUAGCGCUUAUCGCGGUUAGCAAAUAAUGCUAAUGCUGCUCCAGCAGCGCUAGCUGGGGGUUAGUAGCAGGCGACAGGCUACUCACCUCUGAACUAGGAAGUAGCGAUUAGCGGCUAAUGCUAAUGCUUCUAAACUGAAACUCCUGUAUAAAGCUGUACUUCAGUGGAAAGUCUUUACUGCUCCUUACAACCUGACUGCUAAAAUUCAUACACUGGAUUAUAAGGUGCACUGUUUAUUUUUUGGGGAAAUUAAAAAAAAUUAGUAAAACAUUUUAAGUACACUUUAUAGUGAGAAAAAUACGGUAUUAAACUUUGCAAAAUUAAACCCCAAUCCCAGUACUAUACACUAUACAAGUAGUGCUCUAAUUGCCACGGAGUGCUUAUUAAGCCAUAUUUCCUGAUCUAUAUAUUGUAUGUAAAUACAGAAGUGGUCUGAAAAUGCUGUUUAUAUCCAUCUUUCAUUGAGCUGUGACUGAAAAAGAGUGAAGUAUAAAUGCUUCAGUAUGGAUACAGUAGUUGUAGUUGUGUGAAUUGGUGAGGGAAAUGUGUGACUGUAUGCAUCAUACAUGUGCACCUUUUUUAUUAGUAUCUCAUAGUAAUCUCAUGUUCUAAUGUGCCUACACGUGUAUUUUCACAUGUAAAUAUGUGUGCAUGUAUCGCUGUCAGUUCUUUGACCCUGUUUUUGACCUGUAGAUGAACUCUUCCUCCGUUCCUUUUCCUCCCACGUACACUUUUAUCUCUCUGUCUGUCUCUCUCUCUCUCACUGUUCUAAACCUUUUUCAUGUUCUCUGUAAAACUCUGGCCUUUUCUCAGCUAGUCAGAUAGCUGCAGCUUUCUUCUGCCUUCACGCAGAGAGAGACAGAGCUGCCUCCUGCCUGCCUCUCUUUCAGCAUGGCCUGCUGCUUUAGUUAAAGCCUGGAUUUGUCCAGGGCACUUGUAAGGGCUGAAGCGACCCGGCUAUUAGCCGAACUCCCGCUGUCAGGAGCCGUAUCUGUCUGAUAACUAUCAAAGCCCUGUUGUUUUGCUUUGCACAGAGAUCCACACUAAAUGAGCUUGGUGUCGUCUGUACGCUAGUCUUGGGUGUGCUUCUGUGAGAGUUUAUGUGUGAACUUCAUUUAAUUAUACCACCCAUUUCCAGCCAGCAUAUGGAUUCAUAGACUCAACAUAAAACUGCAAUAACACAAGUGUGUUUAAUGUCCACAUAUUUUUUCAGUUUAUGAGCCAAGAAAUCCCAUUAGAGUGGACUUUAAAUGUGUCAGACAAAACUAUAUACAUAUAAAGUGGCUUGCAUAUUCAUUACAUAUUCAUAGACCUUGAACUUUUUCACAUUUUGUCACCAUACAACCACAAACUUAAAUGUAUCUUUUAAAUGUAGAUUUUAAGUGAUUGACCAACAUCCUCUCUAUAUCAAUACUUAUUAGAGCCAUCGUUCUCUGCAGUUACAGCUGCAAGUCUUUUGGGGUUUGUCUCUACCAGCUUUGUACAUCUAGAGCUUGAUAUUUUUCUCCAUUCUUCUUUGUUUUGUGGGUGGAGAGCAUCUGUAAACAGCCACAGAAGCUCAAUGUGAUUUAAGACUAAGCCUUUGAAACACAUGAAUAUUCCACUGUAGCUCUGGCUGUAUGUUUAGGGUCAUUGUCUAGCUGGAUGGUGAAUUUACAGUACAUCCCAGUCUCAAGAUUUCUUCUGCAGCCUCCAACAGGGUUUCUUCCAGGAUUGCCUUGUUUUUAGCUCCAUUUAUCUUCCCAUUUCAACUCUGACCAGCUUCCCUGUCCCUGCUAUAGAAAAGCAUCCCCGCUGCGUGAUGCUCACAGUGGGGAUGUUGUGUUCAGUUUGAUGAACAGUGUUUUUUUCCACCACAAACAACUCUUCUUGUUUCUUUUCUUUAACAGUGUUUUUUCUUAUUCACUCUUUCAUAAAGGCCAGAUUUGUGUACAGGAGUGCACGACUUAUUGUUGUCCUGUGGGCAGAUUCUCUCACCUUAGUUGUGGAUUUCUGCAGCUCCUCCAGAGUGACCAUGGGCCUCUUAGCUGCUUCUCUUUUAACCAGUGCUCUAAUUUCUUGAUCUGUCAGUUUGGGUGGAUGGCCAUGUCUUGGAAUGUUUGUAAAAUAGAACAAUAUAAGAAUAUGUUUUCCAUUUUUUGAUUAUGGAUUGAACAGUACUCCUUGGGAUGCUCAAAGCUUGGGAUAUGUUUUUUAUCAUCUCAAAGCGGCUAUUAAAAAACAUAAUCAGCAUGAUAAAACACACGGCCUGCUCUGGCGCUGUAAUUAGGUAACUGCAGCAUUCCCUCUCCUGUUGAGUGAAAGGCAGGCUCGGGGGUCAUAGCCGGGCCAGCGGACGGGUCAAGCGGAUCCCCGGGUUUCGCAGCGCCACACCUAUUACGUAAAGCUGACCUUUGCGUGCUCGGAGCGCUUAGCGGUGUGUUUAUCUGACAGCUAGCACCACACAGUGGCCCUCUGAACAGGAAAGGUCAGGAGAGCCAGGCUAAUCCCACCAAAUCUCCACAGAUUUCCUGGAGUGUGUACAUUUUGGCCCAAAGAAAGAGGAGGAAAAUGUGAAAAGAGGGGCUUUGAUCUUUAUAUAGGCUCCAUUGAUGCUUGGGUGGGAGGAGUCUACAGUUCUUCUUAUGGAUUGAGAGGUACAAUACAGAACAGGAACGAUAAUUGUUUGAUUUAUUAUUAGUAUGAUGUAAAAGAAAUAGUAUUUAAUUUGAUUUGACAGGAUAAUCCAUUUUCUCCCAUUUAAACUGAGUGCGUCCAUUGUCUUCUUCCUAAAGCCAGGUGGUCUAAAUCUCAGAAUACUUGAAAAAAAAAAAAAAAAAAAACGCCUAGUUCUGCCGGAUAAAUGCUAAUGAGCAGGCCUGGGGAUAUUCAGCCAAAGAUCCAGUUCAAGUUCCCGUCAGAAUUGGCUUGUUAGCCAAUUCUCUGUGUUCUGCCUUGUCAAAAAUCUAGCUGAUCUUGCCUGUUAUUUUUUUUAUUUCAUAAUAUUUUUUUUGUUCGUUUUUUUUUGUAUAACUUAUACUACUGCAAAGAUAUCGCACCGAAUUAUGAAUGUUAUCAUAUUAUCAAUCUGUAAUGUGAUGCUGAAUGUGUGAAUGGAUUUAAAGCCUUAUCGCUUGUGCCUUUUCUCAGAGGUAAGCUCACUGUGCUGAAGUUAUUUCACUGUUAAAGAAACACAUAUGUGCAGUAUGUGCAUCUGUUUACAAUACGGCAAUAUAUGUGGAUAUUGUUGCACUAUUCCAAUAAAAUACUGUAUAUUCACUCAA